GAGUUUAUUGUUGUGUUGUGUGUGUGUUUGUUCUAUUUUAAACUAUUGUUUAAUUAAUUAAUUAAUUAAUCGUUUAAUCCUUAUCUAAUUUCUUUUAAUUAUACUAAUUAAUCAAUACACAUCCAGUAAUUUCAACAAAUUUCCUUCAAUGUUUUUAUUUAAUCGUGCAAUUGUAAAGUGAUGUUCAACUGGUGGUAGAUUUCGGAUAACAUCUACGUUUAGCAACGUAUUCCAAAAUGUUGAGAUUUUUGAGCAAGAAAAGAGGACGACAUGGACAUAAGACCAUCAACCAUGUAAAAAAUGAUUCCCGCAGUCAACCUCAAAAUAAGCAUAGCAUACAUUGUAAAGUUAUUCUACUAGAUGGUACUGACUUAUCAGUAAAUCUAUCUAAAAAAGCUGUUGGUAGUGAUUUAUACGAACAGGUAUUUUAUUCGUUGGAUUUAAUCGAAAAGGAUUAUUUCGGUUUACAGUAUACUGAUGCCAAUAACGUACAGCAUUGGUUGGAUCCAACUAAACCUAUCAAGAAACAAGUUAAAAUCGGACCGCCUUACACAUUACGACUCAAAGUAAAAUUUUAUUCAUCCGAGCCAAAUCUCUUGCGAGAGGAACUUACCCGUUACCAGUUUUUCUUACAAUUGAAACAAGAUAUCUUGGAAGGAAGAUUAGAAUGCCCUGAGAAUGUUACCGUUGAAUUAUCCGCUCUUGCCUUACAAUCUGAACUUGGUGAUUAUGAGGACCAUCAUACUCCAGCAGUUAUUUCGGAAUUUCGAUUUGUACCCAAUCAAACGGAAGAAAUAGAGAUACAAAUUUUAGAUGAAUACAAAAAGUGCAGAGGAUUGACUCCAGCUCAAGCUGAAAUGAAUUAUCUUAAUAAAGCCAAAUGGCUAGAAAUGUACGGAGUUGAUAAUCACAUUGUAUUGGGUAAAGAUGGCUGCGAAUAUUCCCUCGGCUUGACGCCUACUGGUAUUUUAGUUUUUGAAGGAAAUCAAAAAAUUGGAUUAUUUUUCUGGCCGAAAAUUAGUAAGCUGGAUUUUAAGAAAAAGAAACUCACUCUUAUAGUUGUCGAAGACGAUGACCAAGGAAGGGAACAAGAACAUACUUUUGUUUUCAGAUUGCAUAAUGAGAAAGCAUGCAAACAUUUAUGGAAAUGUGCAGUCGAACAUCACGCUUUCUUCAGACUCAGAGCCCCCAUAAAAGGUCCUUCAGCUAAGCAGAACUUUUUCCGAAUGGGUUCUCGGUUUAGAUAUAGUGGUAAAACCGAAUUCCAAACAACGCAACAGAAUCGAGCCAGAAGAACUGUUCAAUUUGAAAGGAGGCCUAGUCAAAGAUACGCCCGAAGACAAUCACACGUUUUACGAGAAAGACAAAGAACCGUUGUUAAUACCGAAAAUGCCGAAAGCAGCAAUUCAAAAAAAUCCGAAAGUGCUGAAAAAGCUCAACCUUCUGAAACGACAAACGUCUCCAGUCCUUCGGGAGUGGCUGAAAAACGACUGGAUUCGUUGCUAAAAAGCCUCGCGAAGGAGACGCCGUUGACGAAUGAGGAUAAAAAUGAUACUAAUUCGGCCAAGUCUACUUUGACGAAGAAAAGUGAAGAAAUUAUUGAUCUCGACCAUCUUUCAUCGGUUGAUCCAUCAACGGCGAAUAUAAAUUCAUCCGGUGUAAACUCUGGUACGAAAUCAAUCUCGAAGGGGCAAUUGAAGUGCAAUAUAUUGAAAGCCAAAGUAGAAGAAGAAUUGCGUAAAGUAUUUACCACCGAAGACAAAAAUGAGACUAAUACCACCAAAUCAACUUUCAACAGUAAAACUGAUGAUUCCGGAUUUGAUCGUCUUUCUUCGGUAAGUUCUGUUUCACCAAUUCCGAACAAUAGGCAAAUCAGCAACAGCCUUGGUCCUAAGCCUAUACCCAAAGAUCAACUAAAAUGUAACAUUUUGAAAGCUAAAGUUGAAGAAGAAAUGAAUAAAACAUCGUUGAUAUCGUUUGAUCCGCUUUAUGAUCCUAACCCGAAGAAAAAUACCAGCAGCGUUGACGUUUCUUUAUUAUUUGCUGAAAAUUUGAAAUCUCCUCGGUGUGAAAAUGAACAAGCUACCAUUGUUUCUGUGGGUGGCGACAAAUUAACCUUAUCUUUAAACGGCAACACUCCGUCGAAAGACCACUCAAACGGUAGCUUAGACGCUUCAUCGCCAAUCGACAGUCCUCCGGUCAGUUUAAUCGACUUGGAAGUAAAAAGAUGCGCUACUCCGGUCACAGUAACACAUUUUUCAUGGAGCGAAGCCGGUAAAUUGGAGCAGCGUAUCGUUACACGAAGCACAUCACCAACGCAACCGCUUUCACUGCCUUUGACCAUUACUUCAGACGAGACAUUCAACUCGAACAAUCCAUUUACCAGUUUGCUGUCGGUGCCCAAUACUUCGAGCCAAAUCGGAAAUACCUCGUUGACUUCUACCAAUCCGUUCUUAACUCCUUCAAAUCCUUUCGCUAGUGUUAAUGAAAAGGAAACCGAAAAGGUGAGAAGUACACCUUGUGUUGAGGUCAAUGUUACAGAAGAUUCGGUCAGGAUACCUGAGAAAGUUGACAAAACUGCCAAGGUAGUUGAGAAAAUUGACAAAACUGCCAAGAUAACCGAGAAAGCUGACAAAACUGCUAAUAAAAAUAAGGCCGAAGUUGUACCAAGUUUGAAUCAAAUCUCACCUUGGCUAGUUUCAGCUGAAGGAAACUCAUCUGUUCCGACCAAGUCGAAAGAAACAGUGCCUGUGGUGAGAAAAACAGUGAUCACGACGCAGUUGUAAUCUAUACAGAUUUUUAUUAUAAGAUAACAAUUUAUUGAUGUAUUCGUUAAUCUCGUUUAUUUAUUUUUUUCCAAUCUCAACGUAUAAAAUGCUUGAAUUCAAAGACUAAAAAAAAAAUAUUGUGAUAUUUGAAAGUAUUAUGUCGAUGUUUUUGAGUAUAUGAAAUUUUUUCUCAUUUAUUUAAGCUAAUCUCUACGAAAACUGCCAUCGUAGAUGAAAAAUUACGAAUUUUUUUUCUAAAUUUUAAGAUCGAUCCGUACUUCCCACUGAUUUUUUUAUACCUAGGUUAAGCUUCAUUUAGAUAAAAAUUGCAAAUUUUGAUACUAGAUUUAAACAGUAGUGUAAAAUGUUAGAUCUUAUAGAUAUUAUUACAUAGCUGGCCGGUGAUUUUAGGAAAGUAAAUACGAGUGCGUGCCAUGGAAAAGCAUUUUUAUAUGAAUCAGUAUUUAUUUUUAUGAGAAGAUUUUUUUUUUGUUUAGAUUCAAUCUAAAUUGUAACGAAAUUUUGUAUUUAUUUUCUGUGAUUUAUUUUAGCUACCUAAGCAAAGUAACUGGUGGAAUGAAAGUUAUGUACUUAAUUUUACAAUUCUUCCGUCCUUAUAGAUUUUGUAUCACUAGUUUUAAUUCUUAUACUUACGUUAGUAAAAUUAUUUAAAAAUACGAUCAGAGUUGUCAUUUUGUGUGCUCGAUGGGUUUUAAAAUGAAAAAUACAGCGUGAAUAUUGGAGAUA